AACUGGGAAGUUUGUGAAAACGGAAGUAAAGCAUAUCAUUAUGGACGGCACAUAUAAGUAUCUCUUUAAAUUUAAAGGUUUUUAUUUUUCAACAUCUUUUCUUGAUCAUGAACUACUAGAAAACCUAGAUGAUUUUGAAGUCAGAGAUGACGAUGUCUUCAUAGUUACAUAUCCAAAGUCUGGUACCCGCUGGACUCAGCAAAUACUAAGCUUGAUUUAUUUUGAGAACCAUCGUAAUAGAACUGAAAGUAUAAAUGUAAAUAUCAGAGCCCCCUACAUUGAAUACAAUUUACAGAAGACUGACUUUUCCAAAAGACCCUCCCCUAGGAUCUUUUGUACCCACUUGCCUUAUCACUUAGUGCCAAAAGGUCUCAAGAACAAAAAAGCUAAAAUUAUUUACAUUUACAGAAACCCCAAAGAUAUUUUGAUCUCAUAUUAUCAUUUUUCAAAUUGGGUGACUGCAUUUGAACCCUCAGAAAACAUAGAGUGCUUCAUGGAAAAAUUCCUUAAUGGAAAAGUGGUAGGAAGUCUUUGGUUUGAUCACAUCAGAGGCUGGUAUGAGCACAGACAUGAUUUCAAUAUUCUCUUCAUGAUGUAUGAGGAGAUGAAGAAGGAUCUCAGAAGUUCUGUGCGAAAAAUCAGCAGAUUCGUUGAGAAAGAGCUGAGUGAAGAAGACAUAGACACUAUUGUGGAACAGUCUACAUUUGAAACCAUGAAGACUGAUCCACUAGUAAAUGAUGAACAAGUGUUAGGACCCGUCGUUCCAACCAGAACAGAGGGAAAAUUCCUGUGCAAAGGUACCAUUGGAGACUGGAAAACUCACUUAACUGUGGAACAAAAUGAAAGAUUUGACAGAAUAUUCAAAAGUAGGAUGAAAGAUUUCCCCUUGAAGUUUAUCUGGGAUAUGAAUGAAAACUAGAAUCAGUGCAAAAGAAGUUCAUUCAAUCAACUAAUACAGAGUGUAUUUU